AUGGCGCAUAGAAUAGAGAGUGACGAGCAAGGAUAUGAUGAUAGACGUUUUGAAGGUCGAGUCAGAGAAGAUCUAUUUUGCUCCAUUUGUCAAGGGGUGCUCAGAAAUCCACGAACUUGCGAGAAUAAAGAACAUCCAUUUUGCCUUUCUUGUAUAUCUCAACAUCUUCGUAAUUCCCAUACAUGUCCUGAAUGCAGAGAACACCUGACCCCAGAAACCCUCAAAAAUCCACCGAGAUUUUUGAAAAAUACCUUAACAGAGCUGAAAAUCAAGUGUGAUAACAAUGAGCGAGGAUGUUCGGGCUACGUCCAGCUUGGAAAUUUACAGCAUCAUGUUGAGCAAUGUGGCUUCGCGCCUGUUAUGUGUGGAAAUGAAGGAUGUGGGACGGUGGUCAAUAAGAGAGAUAAACAAAUCCAUGAACGAGAACUCUGCCAGUUUAGAAUCACCAAGUGCUACGAGUGCAGAUAUAUUAAAGCAAGACAAUAUGAAAUGAAAGCAACUCAAGAUCAAGUUAAGGUAAAGACAAGAUUUUUGCGCUGUUAGAUUAUAGGCGGUCCUUAUAGCCUAUUUUUGCGCCAGCUGGGUUUUGGCCGUCUAGGUGGUUAGUGCUUCAUCUUGCAUGGAUAUUUGGAUAGAGAAAUUCGGUUGUAACGAAUAUAAAGAUGUUUUGUACAGACUAUAGACUAUUUACACCACGACCACACAAUAUAAACCCGAUAUAAAAAAUCUAUUGAAUGUCAUGUCACAACAGUCAGAGAUGAGAAACAAGGCGUUCGGAAAUACGUUUGGUGUAGCUGAAAUAUACAUGUAUACAGUACAGAUCCCUGCACGAAUAUAUGUUCGCGACAAUCCCACAAAAAUGCAAUGAAAUAAUACAUAAUAGUAAUCCUUGUAGAACCCAAUCUCAAUACUUUCAUCACAAUUCUGCUAUUCUGAACCGGUUGUAACCCGUGGGAAUUUGCGCUCACUUGCGAUCAUUCAUGAUCAUGGUCAGUAUUGUCUCUGAGUAAUCUUAACGCUUAUACUUUAGGAAAAUGUUGACGAAAUAAAGCAAGCUCAAAAUGUUAUAAAUGAUCAAGUAAAUCAAAUGAAGGUAAAACAAAAUUAUGUCGAGCUUAUAUUUAUCCACUUGCCAAACCUACCAUUACCUAGCCUGUCUUCCAGUCUAUACUACACACAACGGUUCAGUCGACUGGAACUCAGGCUAUCAUUCCCAAGCUAUAUAAGUCAACGUCUUCAUCAAUGCACAUUCCAGGCUUACGGAUUGGAAGCCUCGUCAAAUAGAUGAACGUGCUGUUUUCCACAAAAUAGAACAAAUGAACAAUUAUAAGAUUAAUUUUUAUUACUUACUGUAUUAACCACAAUUUAGCAUUUGAUCUGAUUUAAAAAUACACCUGAGUGGACCACGUUUAACCACGAAUGACAAGGAAACGUUUGCUGUAAAUAAAUGAGAAUUUUGAAAAUCAUCAGUCUUUAAUUAUAUGUAAUAUAUGAACGAGAGCGAGUGUUUCACCGGGAUAUCCAAACACGAUGAGACACGAGCUCGAGUUGUUUAUAUGGCUUCUCAAAUGAAUCGAGACGUAACAGAAUGUUUUCGUUUGCUGACUUGAACACAACGGUUCAGUCGACUGGAACACAGGCUAUCAUUCCCAAGCUAUAUAAGUCAACGUCUUCAUCAAUGCACAUUCCAGGCUUACGGAUUGGAAGCCUCGUCAAAUAGAUGAACGUGCUGUUUUCCACAAAAUAGAACAAAUGAACAAUUAUAAGAUUAAUUUUUAUUACUUACUGUAUUAACCACAAUUUAGCAUUUGAUCUGAUUUAAAAAUACACCUGAGUGGACCACGUUUAACCACGAAUGACAAGGAAACGUUUGCUGUAAAUAAAUGAGAAUUUUGAAAAUCAUCAGUCUUUGAUUAUAUGUAAUAUAUGAACGAGAGCGAGUGUUUCACCGGGAUAUCCAAACACGAUGAGACACGAGCUCGAGUUGUUUAUAUGGCUUCUCAAAUGAAUCGAGACGUAACAGAAUGUUUUCGUUUGCUGACUUGAACAGAAUUCUUAACCAAGCACAACGUAAUUAGGAAUUCUAUUCAAGUAAUUUUGCAUGCGUAAUUAAGAUAUUUGAUGAAAACACUAGUGACUUUCAUCAAGUUUCACCGGGUUAUCCAAAUGGCAUCUUGUGAUCAAAUAGGUGAUUAUCAUUGGCUGAAUUGCUCACGAAUUAUUAAUGAAUUUGAGAAGUAUAAUUUAAACCUCAGCCAGAGAUAUUAUCAAAGAUCCUUUCCUUGCAAAGGUCCUUUCACAAAAUUAGUGACAUGCAGUGUUUAUUUACAAACAAAAUCAAUCUUCAACAUAGGAGAGGGCACGUUGAAGAUUGAUUUCGUUCGUAAAUAAACACUGCAUGUCAAUAAUUUUGCAAAUAAACGCUGUUACUAACUCUAGGACCUUUGGGAAUUGGCUUGCGAAUUUCGUACUGUAAUUUAUGCAAACGUCUGAGCAUGCAUAAAAUUAAUUUGAAAUCAUGCAAAGAAAUCGCGUUUGAAGUAACAAAACGGGAGAAAAUCCAGGUUUUCAAGAUCUCGAUCGCGUUGGGCUACGCAUGCACCAAAUUUCUUUAAACUUUGACAGCUUGUGCAAGACAGUCCAUAUUCUCUGUGCGAUUACAUUUUGUUUCCGAUGAAAAAUGUUUUUGCGCAACGCCUUUUUUUAGGGUUUUUUUAGAAACAGCCUUCCUAAUCUAUAAUUUUAAAUAAUUUUAGUGCAAGAUGUACCAGAGAACGUUAAAGUACAUAGGCUUACUGAAAGUUUUCGCAAAGGUCGCGCGCAUCUGACUUUAGUGAACUUUUUCCACCCGUGUACUUUUUCUGAUACGCGGCAAAGCAUUCAAUCUGCAAGCCUUAAGAUUUUCAUCAUUGCACAUAUGGUAUUAUUGACGACGAUUUGAGCUUACGGAUUGCAAGCUUGGUCAAAAAACGAUCAAUCUGAUGUUUUUCACAAAACAGAACAAUUAUGAGUUGGGUAUUUUUAGUCACUGCCCAAACCACAUUUUAUCAAAAUGCAUGCAGUGUCAUCUAUGAGAAUAGAUAUGCAAGUUUUUAAUUUUACUCUUCAGGAUAAUGUUGAUGAGAUGAAGCAAACUCAAGCAGAAAUGAAAGCAGAUCAAAAGGUGUUUGAAGUCGAGGUAAGAAACCAAUUUGAAAGAAUGACACAAAUGUUGAAUCAGCUGUUGCACGGAAGAAAUAUAAACAACAAUGGUGCUCAAGCUUUAGAUCCACCAGUUCUAGUCAACGACCAAGACAUCAUUAUUAUUGGCGGUUAUUAUGACCCCGGAAUAAAUGUAUCGAAUACAGUUGAGAAAUUCAACCUGGUAGAGGGGAAGUCGACUCAGCUACCGAAACUACAUCACCCUCGAGUAUCAUCAGCAUCAUGCGUUUACAACGGUGACAUCAUCGUCACUGGCGGCUUCGAUGGUCUAAAUGGUACAGACAGCAUUGAGAUUAUAAAGAUAAACCAGGAUCCUUUGCGAUGGAUGAUGUUUGAUGGUAAACUGCCGGUCAAGUUAACUGAUCAUGACGUUGUAGUUUAUCAAGGUAAACUAUACGUCAUGGGAGGAUAUAACUGGACUGAAAACAAAACAAACGAUAACAUAUACGAACUGUCUAUUAUCCCGCCCCAUACUACGAAGCUGCUGGCAAGAAUACUUCAGCCAAGAAAAAACCACAGGGCAGAGAUUGUAAAUGGCAAACUAUUUAUCUUGGGAGGAACGACAACAAGCCUUAGUAAAGACGCCAUUGAUAGCGUUGUCGUGUAUGAUUUCAUCAAGAAUGAGGUCAAACCAUGUCCAUCGUUACCCAAGCCUGUCAGGGGAAUGUCCACAGUUACUUGGGGGAACAUGGUCAUACUUAUUGGCGGCUACGAUAAGAAUGACCAGGUCUUAAAUGAAGUCCUCAUGUACGAUACUGAAACAGGACAAAGUCACAAGUUGCCUACACUGAUACACAAGAGGAUUGGUUCCUCAGCAGUAAUUAUGCAUGACGUCAUUAUUGUAUUGGGAGGAUAUAAUGACGAGGAGGGGCAUCUCAACUCAGUAGAACGUUUCACAAUGGGAGGUGAUCAUUGGAGAGAACUGCCAGGGAUGAAGGAAAAAAGAUUCCUUGCAACUGCUGUAGUAAAACCUCGCAACUGA